CCAUAAAUAAAUGAGUGUGCUUAGGGUCUAAGCUACUUGGGCAACAUGGAUCAGACGAACGGAUGACAAGAUUCUACUUUUCUGAUACCAUUUUUCAACUCCCUCCAUCCCUAUCCCAGUAACCAACAAUGUCUGAUAAUGAUUCGCUUCAAGAGUUCCUUGCCGCUGCUGUCGAUGCUGCCAAGAAAGCCGGUCAGUUGAUUCGUGAGAAAUUCUACUUAACCAAACAUGUCGUACACAAAGGAGAGGUGGAUUUGGUCACUGAAACUGACAAAGCUUGUGAAGAUCUUGUAUUUGGUCAUCUCAAGCAGCGCUUUCCAUCGCACAAGUUUAUUGGUGAAGAAACUACAGCUGCUUAUGGUGCUGUGGAGCUGACUGACGAGCCCACAUGGAUAGUAGAUCCCAUCGAUGGAACUACUAACUUUGUUCACGGGUUUCCCUUUGUUUGUGUCUCAAUUGGUUUAACUAUUGGCAAAGUUCCAACAGUUGGUGUUGUAUUCAAUCCAAUCAUUGAUGAGCUUUUUACUGGCAUUCGUGGACAAGGGGCGUAUCUCAAUGGGAAAGCCAUUAAAGUAUCCUCCCAAGAUGAACUAAUGAAAUCUCUUCUGGCAAUUGAGAUUGCAGCGACACGUGACAAAUCGUAUAUAGAUGCUACUACUGGCAGAAUCAAUAGGCUUCUCUUUAAGGCGAGAUCUCUUAGGAUAAGUGGAUCAUGUGCAUUAAGUCUCUGUGACAUUGCGUGUGGAAGAAUCGAUCUAUUUUAUAUAAAUGGCUAUGGAGGUCCUUGGGACGUGGCUGCUGGCGCUGUGAUUGUCACGGAAGCUGGAGGAUUGGUCUAUGAUCCAUCUGGUACAGAAUUUGAUAUCACAGCAACGAGAGUUGCUUCUUCUAAUCCACUUCUCAAGGAGGCAUUUGUUGAAGCUUUGGCACAUCCUUGAUGAGAGUGUAUCUUCAAGCUUAUGAGUCGAAUCCGUGCAGAGUGGAAAUGGGCUUAAGGAAAACCAGAACCCAAGAGCCCAGUGGGCUUGAAUAAAUGGGCUAAUGUUAAUCCAAGUCCAUUAGAACGGAA